GGCUGGCAGACUUCUCAUUCUCACUCGCGGCGCGACCAGGCGCGACGGCCGCGGGCCGUCGUGGGAUUCAAAUGCGUGUCAGUAGUAAUAAUCGCGUGAAACAUAACGCGCGUGUGGGCGUGAACGACCGAUUAGGACCGCUGUCACGUAUGCGGUCCCGCAAACGACGAAAGUCCGCCGCGCAGCAAUAUAUGCUGCUGUGCCGAUGAGAGGAUAUCGAGAGAAGUCAACAAAUUUUGACGCGGAUAAUGUGAUUUUAUAACGAUAUUUUUAUCUGACAAAUAUAUUUUUGUAUCAUCGAGAUGCACUUUUCUAUACCAGAUACUCAGGAAUUUACGGACGGGGCUGGGAAUGCAUAUGUUGGAUAUAAUAUUCAUAUCAAUGGAUUAUUCCAUUGCACCGCGAGAUACAAACAGCUGCACAAUCUGCAUGUACAACUGUCGAAGGAUCUCGACAUACCGUUACCUAUAUUCCCUCCGAAGAAGCUCUUUCCUUUGACCGCCGUUCAGCAGGAAGAACGCCGGCUGGCUUUGGAGAAAUACAUUCAAUCCAUCGGACAAAAUGUAGCCAUAAAUAACUCAGAGAUAUUAAAUGGAUUUUUAUUGAAUGCUCAGCAAGAAACUGCGGACGGCCUGUCUGAGCACGAGACUCUAGAUAUGUUUCUUAUGAAUGGGUCCAAAAUUUCGUUGAAUAUCUCGCCUGGAGAACAUUCUGGUGAAAUUUUAAAGAAAGUAUACAAGCACAUAAACUUAGCAGAAAAAUAUUUUUUCCAUUUUGCGCUAUUUAUUGUUAUACAAGAUGAGCUAUCCGGUAGCAUUAAAAUAUUGCGGAAAUUGCAAGAAUUUGAAUCUCCAUUUAUAACGCACAAAUACAUGAGUUCCACGGGUUCACGGAUCGUUCUCAGAAAAAAUUACUGGGAUAUGACGUACGACGUUGAGUUAUUGAACGAUCCUGUAACGCUCAAUUUACUGUAUAUUCAAACGGCUGCGGAAAUUCGCAGCCGUUGGAUUUCGGUUACGAAGGAGGUGCACCAUCAAUUGGAGAACUUGGAAAAGUCUGGAAACAGAAAAGAGUACCUGAAUAUAGCUCGUUAUUUGAAAUACUACGGCUACAUACAGUUUGCGCCGUGCUACUGCGAUUAUCCCGAACGUGGCUCGAGAGUGUUGCUCGCUAUAGGUGGAAAUGAAUUGAAUUUACGCGUAUUAUCAUCGGAAGAGCACGAAGUCGUAUUUAAAGUAUCGCGAAUGCGAUGCUGGCGUAUUACUACAAUACAAAAUGGAACGGAUCGUCAUGAAGAUAAUAACGAGUGCAGUCUGGAGUUAUCCUUCGAAUAUCUAAUUGCCAGGAAUGAAUUGCAAUGGAUUACGAUUGCGUCCGAGCAAGCGAUUUUAAUGUCUGUUUGUCUGCAAGCCAUGAUUGACGAGUUGUUGCAGAAAUGUGUAGUGGGGAGCAAAAAUCAGGCAGAACCUGGGAAGUCGUGGACGUAUAUCAUGAGGGACGGUCAGAGUCGUAUCGUUACAGGAUCGCCGCUGCGUGAAUGUGCCAAUAAUAAUCAUUCUAAAUCGGGGCCAAUUAUAAAGAAACUUGCUAACAAAUGGUCGGCUGUGACGUCAAAAAAAUCGAAUAAUUCAAGAGCAACCGUCGUUAAUAAGAGUCAGACAACGGAUCUUGAUGUCAUGGAAAACAACGUGUUUUGUAUGAUAGGAGAUGACGAUUUAUGAGCCAAAUAUAAAUUUUGGAGAUCGACGUAUAAGCAUAGUGAUAAAAAAGUAACAAGGAUGCCUUUCAAAACAAUUUUUUUUAAAAAGAGAGAAGAUAUAUUUUGAUAUAUCUUACAAGUCAUUGAAAUUUUCAAUUUUAAAAUUAACGAUAGGUAGCUGUCAAGACUUUGUUAAAUGAUGCAUAUUUAGUGUCUUUUGUAUGUGAUUAAAAUGCAUUUAUAUUUAUUGAUAACUUCUUAUAAAACAUUCUUUAUACAUUUUUAUAUACCGUCCAAUUCCAAUGAUAACCAAUCUGGUGUAGCUCGGAAAUUAACUUGGACCAAAACUUUGUAUAGAUAUACAAAAAAUACUGUAUGCACGAAGUACUUAAUAAUAGGAUUAGUAGUAAUGAUAUUAAUAAAAGAUCAAACUAAAGAGAUCAAACGCGCAUAGUUUGUAUAAUGUUUUUUUAUUAUUAUUAAACAAAAUGAUUGUAAAGGCAGCAUGUUAAUAUUUGCUUUUGUAAUUAUCUUAAACAAAACUAUUAAUAUCUCGCUUUAAUAUUAAAUAGCAAUCGUUCUAUAUGUUGUUACGUUCUAUUAUCAGACUAUAGUUUUCACUAAAUCAUUCACUCGGAAAACAUACUUCUGCCUUCAGUCUCUAUAUUUCAGCCAAACACUGUAAUAGAUUGUACAAUACGAAUGUAAAAUUAUGUCAUAAAACUGUCAUGAUUAGAUAUGAAUACAAAGCCGUAUCGCCAAGUGGAAAAAUAAAAACGGAUUAU